GUCCCUAUAAUUCACAGCAACCCGAUCGGAUAUCUGCAGCAAAUCCGAACGCCGGAGACGAACGGAGCAACAGCCGCGUGGAGUCUUGUGGUAGCGGCAGGCACAAACGGUUAUCAAAGCAUUUGUGAAUUAGGGCAAAUAAAUGGAAUGAAGAAACGUAGCAGUUCUAGCAAACAAGUGAUGGAGGAAAGCGAGGAUCUUGAAUCUUCUUCCCCAGAAGAUUUUGUUGACUCGGAAGAAGAGAAUAUAGAGCGUGAACUUGCCGAUGUAACUUUUGAAGAGUUGCAGAGAGCGCGGUCUGAUGGGUCGCAUUCGACGUAUCAAAAGACCAAUCAAGAGAAGAAAGGUGGGAGGGCAAACAAGAACAGGCCAAUGGAGGUUAGUAGUAAGAAACCAGUUAGUAGAUUCAGAGAGGUCAUUCAGGCUCCUAAGAAUAUGGUACGUGAUCCACGUUUCGAAUCUUUAUCUGGCACUUUAGAUGUUGAGGGAUUUAAGAAGAGAUAUAAUUUCAUUUACGAGAAUAAUCUUCCUGCUGAAAAAGAGGAACUGAAAAAGCAGUUAAGGAAAACCAAUGAUCCAAAUGUUGUUGAAGAACUAAAAAAACAGAUAUUUUGGAUUGACAAACAAUUCAAAUCUGACACCACAAAACGUGUCGAUGCUGCAAUUCUGGCCAAACACAAGAAUAAAGAGAGAGAAGCAGCCAAGCUUGGGAAAAAGCCCUUCUAUCUUAAGAAAUCUGAAAUUCGAAAGCAAAGGCUUAUUGAAAAAUACAACACUCUUAAGUCCACUGGAAAGCUUGAUGCCUAUAUGGAGAGGAGGAGGAGGAAAAAUGCUGCAAAGGAUCGUAGAUACGUACCAUAUGGACGAUCUAGCAAGCUUGAUGAACAAGAGUGAAGUCAAACGGGUAUUAUCUUGCUUUAUUUUCAGGAGACUCAUGUUUCCUUAUUUCGAGAAUUUAGAAAAAGUAAAUUUAGCCUUACUCAAGAUUAAUCUGAUAUUAGUUUAAAAACUUUCUUCUUUGGAAGUUUCUUAUCAGUCAUCUGUAAUAUUAAAUAUUUAGUGAAACUGGUUUCCCUCUUGACUGGGGAUAAUUUGUUUUAAUAGAAAAUUUUGAUAGUCUGAUUUGAAAAUGAUGUAAAAGUUGCGGCUUAAAGAGGACAAUAAGUUCCUCAAUGUUAGAAAUGAAAACUGUAGUAUAGGAGUCUUUGCA